AUGAUGCCACUUGGUUGCCAUGAGGAAUGCGUGGAGUGUAGCUGUUGUACUUCGUUGAACUGUAGCCUGCAGGCCCCAAAUGAAGAGUAAAUACGACUUCACCAAUAAGUCAGUGUCUGAAAGUAAUUGGAGUUCACAUGAAAGUCGGAUGGAAGUUGCUCCCUACUUGGAUGGCAGUCAUCAGGAGAGUCGUCAAAAGCUUAGGUCGAGAGUAGGUUUUGAAGAUGAUCUUAAACCAGAUUAUGUAACUGGUGGAAAUUGUCCAAGUACAGCAACUGUCUCAGGAAAGACUAUAAUCGUAACUGGAGCAAACACUGGAAUUGGAAAAGAAACUGCUCAAGAGCUGGCCAGAAGAGGUGGAAGGAUCAUUUUGGCAUGUCGGAAUAUGGAGAAAUGUGAAGCUGCAGCUCGAGAAAUUAGAGGAGAAACCCUGAAUCAUCAAGUCUACGCCAGGCACCUGAACCUCGCAUCACUUAAAUCAAUUAGGGAGUUUGCCAAGAAAAUAACUGAAGAGGAAGAGAAUAUAAAUAUCUUAAUUAAUAAUGCUGGUAUUAUGAGGUGCCCUCACUGGCAAACAGAAGAUGGAUUUGAAAUGCAGUUUGGUGUAAAUCACCUUGGUCAUUUUCUGUUGACAAACCUACUGCUUGACAAGUUGAAGAACUCUGGAAACAGUCGCAUCAUAAAUGUAUCUUCACUGGCUCAUGUUGUGGGGGAAAUUGACUUCAAUGAUCUCAACUGGGAGAAGAGAAAAUAUAACACAAAGGCAGCAUACUGUCAAAGUAAACUUGCAAAUGUGCUAUUUACAAAGGAGCUGGCUAAACGGCUUGAUGGAACUGGGGUAACCGUCAAUGCUGUGCACCCAGGCGUAACUAACACAGAGCUCGGCAGACACACAGGAAUGCACAAAUCAAGCUUCUCUAGCACAGUACUGGGGCCUUUAUUUUUCCUUCUUGUGAAAUCCCCCAAGCUGGGAGCACAACCUUCCGUGUAUUUAAGUGUGGCAGAAGAAUUGGAAGGAAUAUCUGGAAAAUACUUUGAUGCCAUGAAACAGAAGGAUCCAGCCCCACAGGCAGUGGAUGAUGAGACAGCCAGGCGCUUGUGGGAAACCAGUGCCAGAUUAGUGGGGCUGGAAACCAAUGAAGCCACAACACCUCAUUAAUUCCACUACUAAUAUAAACACUGUCGGAACACUCAAAUGCCAUUGAUAGCAAGGCAAAUGAAGAGUAUAUUACCUUUCAAUACAUGAUUAUAUAUACUGUGCAUCAUAUGCUAGUGAAUUUUUUAAAUUAUUAUUGCUUUUCAUUACCUUAUAAAUGUUCACAAUAUUUCACUGUGGAGCAUUUUGUUUACCUUGUCUCCAUUUCCCUAUCCAUCUGUGCAUUUAUCCAGAUAAAGUGCAAUUUACCAUGAAUUACACAAUUCCUUUUUGGAGUUAUAGAGAGUAAUACAGUACAGAAAUGGGCCCUUCCAUCCAACUCAUCCAUGCAGACCAAGAUGCCCAUCUAAGCUCAUCCCAUUUGUCCGCCCAUAUCCCUCCAAAUUAGAAUGAAAUUCAAAUGAAAUAUUACUCCAACAUAUUGAUGGACUGAAGAGUUCUUCCCGAGUUCUCCAAGUUUUGAACAACCAAUUCUGCCAGUGUUACGAUAACCACAGUACUGGUGGCUUCCUGAUAGAAAGGAAGUAACUGAAGGAUGAGUCACUCUUGGUUGCUUUUGGUAGCUUUCAGUAGAAGACUGGGUGCAAGUCACAUGCAUGCCCUCCGACUCCUUCAGAGGAUUAUACAUGAAGAAAGUUAGUAGAAAUGAGGAAAUGUUCUCUAAACUGAGUUUAAAUUGCUGCAAUGUUUUUCCAACAUUGAAGUGAGCUGCUGUCGUUCUAAGCAUAAACGUUGUUACAGUUACUAAUUUUACCAACAGGUGUCUCACUUUUUGAUCUUUGUAUGUUUUUUUAUUAAAAGUGAAAGUGCCCAGGUAUUCUGUUUAUGAAAUAAAGUAUGAAUGAUCUUGUAUGUUCUGGGAUCAGGCCAAUUAGACUGCUGCAAAUGAAACAUAAAGUGAUUUUCCAACUCCAAAAGCAUGUUUUCAUAUUGGUGCUACAUUUCUGUGAUUCAUCCAGUGGAGAGGUUUAAAUUCUUGAUUUCAAAUUCUGAUUGCUUCUCUGAAGUUUUAAAGAUCUUUAAAUGACAUAGCAAGGCACAGUAUAAAUGCAGAUUCUUCAAGCUAUUAAGAGACAGUUUUGCAAAAAAAUUGUUCCAGCUACCAGUAUUAACAUUUUGUUUCCAAUCAACUUUAUGUAAAAUAUAUGAGCGCUUAAAUUCAAACCAUAGACUGCAAAAUCAACCAAAAACUUCUCUAAGUCACCAAUCCCAUUCCCUUGAUGAGCAUGACUGUUGCAAUGAUCCAAUUCCACAGACAAAUUAUAUCCUUCAAGCACACAUUCAAGGGGCCAUUCAGAUCCAGAUGGUGACUUGCUAUUACAUUAUGGAGGCAUCGUGUCUAACCAAAUGACACAUGCAACCGGGAUUCAAAAGUAAAAUACUGCAAAUCUGAAAUAAAACAGGAACUGCUGCAUUUUUUGGUUUUUUUUUCAACGUGGAUGGGAACAGAGUCUCCUGCUUAAAGAUUCUACUGAACAAUUUUACAACUAGAAAAGAAUUUAAAUUGAGUGAAAUUUUGGUCGUGGUGGCCAUCUAUAGGAUAAUCGCUUAAGUGCAUGAUUGGCACUGAGCUGCAGACCUACCAUUGACCAACAGAUGGAGUGAGAUAAUUUACUGUUCCCGUGUUAUCAGGUCACAAAAACAAUUGCAUGAAAAGAUUAAAAGUUUAGAAGUGAUAGUCAAAGUUGAGUUUAUUGUCAUAUGCACAAGUACAUGUAUGCACAGGUGCAAUGAAAAACUUACUUGCAGCAGCAUCACAG